GAAAAGCCUGAAACUGGAAUAGUACUGUGGUAUCUAAGCAACCAGCUUGACGCAAUCACAUAUACACACAUGAAGGGGGAGAGAGAAGUCCCUUUGAAAAAAAAAUGCACACACAUUUUUCAAAGCUGAGGCAGACACAGAUUGUGAAGGUGGAGAGGAAGACAAGGAGGUAAAAUAGGACCACAGCUGCAGCUGGGCAGAGAUUCAUGUUGGAAAAAGAACAAGAUGCAGACCAAAAUAUGAAGACAUGGCUCUCAGAUUUUAAUGGGGAAAACCCUCCCUGCCCCAGAAAACCUGCCAGAGAACAUUGCGAGAUCUGCCAAACUGAGAUCUGCCAACAAGAAAUUCCAUUAUGUACUUCUAAUCAACAACUGAGACAACCACACCUUGUAAAUGUCUGCCCUUUAUAGCAGCCAGAGAAGAUGCUGGGUCUGAGUGGAGAAUUUGUGGGGAACAGUGGCAAUAUGUAACCCUUUCUUCAUACCUCAAAAGUGAACCCCUCAACUAUUAUUCACUGUGACUGCCCAAAAAAGCAAUACUGUGGAUUCAAAUAUGGUUGGAUGAAAGGAGUGUUUUGAAUUGAGUGGGAAAAACUGCUGUGUGCCCAGGAAGUUCUGAAGAUCAAAUCUUUGUUUGAAUGGUCCUGCCUGCAUCUGGGACACCACUGCAAACCUUUCAGUGGAUGUUUCUGAUUUCCCAGCAGAAAGGAUGGCAUCCAUGCCAGAAAUCCAGAUAGAAGAAAUGCUAGAUAGUGUGGAUGAUAAGGCUGAAGGUGGUCCCCCAUUUGAUGAUCAUCUGAGGAAUCUGAAAGCCUUGACAGAGAAACUGAGGCUGGAGACUAGAAGGCCUUCAUAUUUGGAGUGGAAAGCUCAGCUGGAAGGACUGGCUUGGAAGACCCAUCCCAAACCUCCUGACGAGGACAUGGGAAAGCAAGAGAAGAAACCAACAGAGGAAAAUAUUUCUUUGAGAGAAGUGCAGGUUCAUAUCAAUGGAAGCUCUUCCAGACAGCCAAUUUUGUUUGUCCCGGAGAAAGUGUGUGGCUUUGGAAACAUCGAUGAAGCAUUAAAUUGGCUCCGGAAAGAGUUGAUGGAAAUGCGUCUCCAGGACCAGCAGCUGGCUCGGCAGCUUAUGCGCCUGCGCAGUGACAUCAACAAACUCAAGAUUGAGCAGACCUGCCAUCUCCACCGGCGAAUGCUGAAUGAUGCCACCUAUGAGCUGGAAGAGAGGGAUGAGCUCUCUGACCUCCUCUGCGAUUGCCCCCUCAUUUCUUCCUUUAGCCUCUCCACCCCACUCAAGCUCAUUGGCGUGACAAAAAUGAACAUCAAUUCCCGCCGCUUCUCGCUUUGUUAAAGUGGGAAGAAUGGGCACCGGAAGUGCAUGGGAUGGGAGAUACCUUCAAAACCUAGGAGAAGAAGCUCCCAUUGUCUGGUUGGGAAAUAGGCACAACAAAGGAGAAGAGAGUGUAAAGGGGCUCUUCCACUGAUCUAAUAGGAGUGGGCUGUGGUGCCAGUCAAGAUAGUGUCAAGAAGGAUUUGCAGACAAGUGGAGAAUAAGAACGAUGAGGUUCCCAAAGGACAGGAACUAGACCACAUCAAAAUCUAACUCACACAGGCAGACGUAUCCCCUCUUUUCAGUGAUUAGAACAAACUUAUCUUAAACCAUGUGAUGACUUGCAGGCUCCCUAACUGAGAACAAUAGAGGAGAAAUAUAGUUGAAAACCAUGAGUAAAGUCUUUUGGCCCCAUUCAAAUGAGAGAGAUGAAGAAUUCAUGUUGCUGCAAGAAGAAAGACCACUCUACAAUGCAGCUAGCCAGGAUGUUGAAAACUAGCCAGAAAGUAUUAUGUAUUAUCUAAAAAAGGAUUUGAGUUUAGUUUUUGUCAGUGGGAUGCAGGUAAUGUGUAGAUACUGUUGUUUAUAGAGAUUCUCCAGAGUCAUCCAGGUCAUCAUUGUCCCAAAGAUGCUGUUCAAAAGACAACUAGACUUUCUUGGUUUUUUUCCUUGAAAAUGUUUUGCUUCUUAUCCAAGAAGCUUCUUCAGAAUUGAAGAAGCUUCUUGGAUGAGAAGUGAUACAUUUUCAAGGAAAAAGAAAACAAGAAAGUCCAGUUGCCUUGUGUAGAUACAGUUGUUGGUUUGCUUCUAUGACUAACUAAGGUCUUCUUGUUGUGAGAUGUGGUUUCUAGAUCAGGAGUCUCCAACCUUGGCAACUUUAUGACUUGUGGUGCUGGCUGAGCAAUUCUGGGAGUUGAAGUCUACAAGUCGUAAAGUUGCCAAGGUUGGAGAUCCCUGCUGUGCUAACUUGGGACAAUUCUGUAUUGCAGUUUAGGUGGCUGGUGUCCCAUGAUGCUAUUUCUCAGACCUUCAGUUUUCAGGAAAUUAGUAAUGGGGUUUUGCUGGUGCUCAGUCCAGACUGGCCAUUGCAAGAUUUGAUCAGCUGUUCCUCUGUUUUUUGUUUUUCUCAAGUCUUAUGGUCUAAUCAGCUAGGUGAAAAUUAGGCCUUAGUAGAUGUCACCCUCCUAGAAUUUGAUGAAGCCAAGCUGCUGACUUUCGAGCAUGUCAGUUAAAACUACUGUAUCUAUCAAUAAGUGCAUACAUCAGGAUAUUCCAGAAAGAGUGGGAUCAGAGAAAGCAAAAAAAAAAAAAAGAAUUAUAUUUUUGCACAGUUUAUUUCCAUGACUUAGUACAGUUCAUUACCACAGGAUAUGAGAUGAGAAACAAUAGCUCUCUGACCUUGAGAAAUGGAACCAUCUUUUCCAGGGUUCAAACACAAAUGUGCAGGAACUGGGACAAAUGGAAGGAAUCACAUCUGAGCCUUCUUUGCGCACUUCUGAGAAGUAGUUGAUGGACCACUGUAAGAAGCCAAAAGUAGCAUUUGGAUCUGAUGUAGCAGUUUAGUUAUUUCAUCUUAUAAAUGUAUAUUCUGCUCUGCUAGUUGUACCAAACAGGCUAUAUUGCUUCAGUUUUUCAAUCAUUUCUGAUUCUUUGUGAUCUGAAGGACAUAAUACUGCCAGGACUCACUGAAAUGAUAAAAAUGAAAGGACAUUUAUUCAUAGAUCAACAGCAAUAAGAAUACUACAGAAUAAAAUGUCAGUUAAAGCAACAGCAAAAAGACAUGGUUGGAAAAGGAUUUUCAAAACCAGAAGGAAUGCAGAAGUUCUUCAGCUAUCACCAAAAAUAUAUAAGAUAACAAUAAUUUAUACAAGAUGGUUGUGUAUUGCUCUCCAGACUGGUACUCUAUAUGUGUUGAAUGUAUCUCCCAUUAUUACAGCCAAUAUUGCCAAAUUAGAGGGCCUCAAGAUUGAUUUUCUUUGUUCAUGAAAUGUAAAGAAAAAACAUGGUGGCACAGUGGUUAGAAUGCAGUAUUGCAGGCUAAUUUUGCUGACUGCCAGCUGUUUGAUUCUGACAGGCUCAAGGUUGACUCAGCUUUCCAUCCUUCUGAGAUUGGUAAAAUAAGGACCCAGAUUGUUGGGGACAAUACGCUGACUCUGUAAAUUGCUUAGAGGGCUGUAAAGCACUAUGAAACAGUAUAUAAAUCUAAGUUUUACUGCUAUUGAUAUAAAUUAGCCAUUUCCCACUUCCCCAGAAGGUCAUACAGUCUUAUGCCAGUGUAUUGAUUUGUUUUCACUCUACUCACGAAAUUACGAAAAAGUCUGACACAAAAGUACAAAGAGUGGCAUUUAAGCUACUUUUCCAGGUAGAGAAUGUCAGAAUCAGGGGAUGCUACAAAGAUCUCUUCCCAAGUUUUCUGACUUAUAUCUGAUGACAGUUGGACUAAGGACAGUCCUGGACCACUAGGCUGCCUUCUUAUUAAGGUUGCAGAACAUAAUUGGACUCCAACUAGGCUCAGAUACAUUCUAGUUCUUGUCCUACUGUAUUUAGAAAGCUAUAUCUCAAAAUCUUAUAUAAGCAGCCACUUAAAAAAAAAUCAAAGACUUUGUACAUGACUAUACAAAGUCAUGCACAGCUGUAGUCCAGCUUCUGAAUAAUUGCCUGCAGGCACCUCCUCACCAUGAGUCCAUGUUUAAAGCAGGAAAACAACAUCUGUUUAUCAAAAAGUAAGAAGGGUGAUUCUGUUGGAGCUGGACUGAAAGAGAAAAUUCAUUCUGCUGAUUCACACAGUUCCUAACAUAUCUGCACUCACAACAACUCUUUGGCUUAAGCAGAAAUUGUGCAGGAAUGGGAAACUCAGAUCUUUUCAUUCCUUCCUGAAGAAAACAACUAUCCAGGCAUAUACAUUUAAUAUUAUGCAUACUAAUAUUCACAUGUGCUGCCUCAAAUAGCUGAUAUCUAUUUCCUCUUGAAACCUUUGGAGGUUGUUCUACCUCUGAGAUAUAAGGAGAAUAUUCUGUCCAUUGGCAUAUUGAUAGGAUCCAUUUUGUUUUAACGAUACUAUCCUUUUCUAUUCAAAUAAAUGAUUUGAUUCUUUUGGUA